AAGCAUGGGGUGGCCAUGCCGCAGCAUCAUACCCCUCCUCGUGUGGUGCUUUGUCACCCUCCAGGCAGCCACCCGGGAGCAGAAACAGCCCCAUGGCUUUGCUGAGGACCGUCUCUUCAAGCAUCUCUUCACUGGCUACAACCGGUGGUCACGGCCGGUGCCCAACACCUCCGAUGUGGUCAUAGUGAAGUUUGGGCUGUCCAUAGCCCAGCUGAUCGAUGUGGAUGAGAAGAACCAAAUGAUGACCACAAAUGUUUGGCUGAAGCAGGAAUGGAGUGACUACAAGCUGCGCUGGAACCCAGAGGACUUUGACAACGUCACCUCCAUCAGGGUGCCCUCUGAGAUGAUCUGGAUCCCCGACAUCGUGCUCUACAACAAUGCCGACGGGGAGUUUGCUGUGACACACAUGACAAAGGCCCACCUCUUCUCCAAUGGGAAAGUGAAGUGGGUGCCACCCGCCAUCUACAAGAGCUCAUGCAGCAUUGACGUCACCUACUUUCCCUUCGACCAGCAGAACUGCAAGAUGAAGUUUGGCUCCUGGACUUAUGACAAGGCCAAGAUCGACCUGGAGAACAUGGAACACCACGUGGACCUCAAGGACUACUGGGAGAGUGGCGAGUGGGCCAUCAUAAACGCCAUUGGCAGGUACAACUCCAAGAAGUACGACUGCUGCACUGAGAUCUACCCCGACAUCACCUUCUACUUCGUCAUCCGCCGCCUCCCGCUCUUCUACACCAUCAACCUCAUCAUCCCCUGCCUGCUCAUCUCCUGCCUCACCGUGCUGGUCUUCUACCUGCCCUCCGACUGCGGUGAGAAGAUCACACUCUGCAUCUCCGUCCUUCUGUCCCUCACCGUCUUCCUGCUGCUCAUCACCGAAAUCAUCCCCUCCACCUCUCUGGUCAUCCCACUCAUCGGUGAGUAUCUCCUCUUCACCAUGAUCUUUGUCACGCUCUCCAUCAUCAUCACCGUCUUUGUCCUCAACGUGCACUACCGCUCCCCCAGCACCCACACCAUGCCCCACUGGGUGCGGAGCUUCUUCCUGGGCUUCAUCCCCCGUUGGCUCUUCAUGAAGCGGCCCCCGCUGCUGCUCCCCGCUGAGGGGACGACGGGCCAAUAUGACCCCCCGGGGACCAGGCUCAGCACCUCCCGCUGCUGGCUGGAGACCGACGUGGAUGACAAGUGGGAGGAGGAGGAGGAGGAAGAAGAGGAAGAGGAGGAAGAGGAAGAGGAGGAGAAGGCGUAUCCCAGCCGUGUGCCCUCAGGAGGAUCCCAGGGCACCCAGUGCCACUACAGCUGUGGACGCCAAGCAGGCAAAGCAUCAGGGGGCCCAGCCCCCCAGGUGCCCCUCAAGGGGGAGGAGGUGGGCUCGGAUCAGGGGCUGACACUGUCACCCAGCAUCCUGAGGGCCCUGGAGGGUGUGCAGUACAUCGCGGACCACCUGCGAGCCGAGGAUGCUGACUUCUCGGUGAAGGAGGACUGGAAGUACGUGGCCAUGGUGAUCGACCGUAUCUUCCUCUGGAUGUUCAUCAUCGUCUGCUUGCUGGGAACCGUGGGGCUCUUUCUCCCACCCUACCUGGCAGGGAUGAUUUAGGGAUCAAGGGUGAUG